GCUUUGACAGUGUUAUAUCAACCUCCGGCCGAGCGCAGUCGGUGUGUUCUCUUCUUUCAUAAAUCUCACUUCUGGAACUCAAAAGAAAGAGAAACUUCCAUCGAGAAUUUUCCGACGAACUGUGAUUCGCAUAUAGAGACAUUCGUGUGGGGGACUCUUUACGACAGUCUGGAACAGUUUUGAAAGAUAAAUAGGAAAAACGAUCGAGCGAAUAAGGGGAAGGGGUAGAGGGAAAUAAGGGAAGAACGAGAGGAACGUUAGUUCGUACCAUUUUUUAGUUUCCUUCGUUUUUCUUUUUUCGAGAACUUGUUAGAAACUCCCAAGACGCAUCGGUAAACAAGAUAAAACAAACAUCUAGUACCAGACACAAGGAAAUCUGUAUUGAGACAUUCUACGAAUUUGUGCUGCGUGUUUUGUGAGUGAUAAAAGCUUAUCGUCGCGCGGCAACCGGAGACCUUUUGGGUCAGCGCGAAAGAGGCGGAUCGUUUUCCUUUUUGAAAAAGGCUCUUCUCUCCCGCCCAAGCCUGAAGAGGGUUACUUCUUCCUGGAUAACCGGAAGUGGCUAUUAACCAGACGAAGAUGUCUUUCAUUUUGUAAAUAAUACUGAAUGAAAAGAAGUAUCAGACUGAAGAUGGGCAAGCUUUUGAGUCUUUUGGCUCGAGACGAGUCUACCUGUUGCACGCCUCAAAAGUACGAUGUCUUUUUGGAUUUCGAAAAUGCACAACCUUCUGAGAUAGAGCGGGAGACCUUUGAAGCGGUGCAAAGGGUUCUGAAAAAUUCAGAAUCUAUCUUAGAGGAGAUUCAGUGCUACAAAGGGGCAGGGAAAGAAAUCAGAGAGGCGAUUUCGGCGCCCACGGAGGAAUGUCAACGAAAAGCCUAUCUGACUGUCGCCCCUCUGGUUGCGAAGCUCAAAAGAUUCUAUGAAUUUUCAUUGGAACUUGAAAAGGUAGUACCAAAGAUCCUGGGUGAACUAUGCUCUGGCAACCUCUCGCCGACCCAACAUCUCGAGACUCAGCAGGCUUUGGUGAAACAGCUGGCAGAAAUUCUGGAGUUUGUUUUGAAGUUCGAUGAACACAAGAUGAAGACUCCCGCUAUUCAGAACGACUUCAGUUAUUAUCGAAGAACAUUGACCAGAGCAUCCCUGGCGCGGCAGGAAAACGCCGAGAAGGACCUCGUGGUUGGAAAUGAACUCGCCAACCGAAUGUCCUUGUUCUACGCCCACGCGACACCCAUGCUUCGUGUUCUGAGUCACGCGACCAUUACUUUCUUGAUGGACAACGAAGAUGUAGCACGCGAAAAUAUCACCGAAACGCUUGGUACCAUGGCCAAGGUUUGCCUGCGCAUGUUAGAAAAUCCGAAUCUACUGGCGCAAUUCCAACGGGAGGAAACUCAACUCUUUGUUCUGAGAGUGAUGGUAGGGUUAGUGAUCCUUUAUGAUCACGUUCAUCCCCAAGGUGCCUUUGUUAAGGGUUCGAAUGUCGAUGUUAAAGGCUGUGUGAAGCUGUUGAAGGAUCAACCACCCUGCAAAAGCGAGGGUCUUCUAAACGCUCUCCGUUAUACUACCAAGCACCUGAACGAGGAGAAUACACCAAAAAACAUCAAGAAUCUGCUAGCAGCAUGAUUACCGAAGCAACGUGGCUGCUGCAUCAGAAGCUGAGACAGUUGGCUGCUGAUAUGUCAGAAGCUAAACGAGCGAUGCCAUUUAUUUUGUGUAGCGUCACGAGGAUAUCGAAGAUGAUAUCCUCGGCGACUCCACAUGAUCCAAGAGCAAUCUCCUGUUUCCGAUCGUGGCUGGGUGGUGGACCACUAAAAACGUGUCUUUCGUAACCGAGUCUAUAGCUGCCCUAAAACUGCCGAAUUCUACAUACCUUCUGACAAAAAAAAAAGAUAAAAAUAAAAAAAAAAAAAGUAAAAAAGACAGGUAGGGAAAUCGUAGAAAGGCAAAAAGAAGAAAAAAAAAUAUCGAAACGACUGAACAUUGGAGGAAUUGCUAAACUCGUUCUUAAGCGAUGCCUUUAUCGCCGUUACGAGUGCGAAAACAUCUAGGAAUUAUUAUUAUAAUAUUACUAUCUCCCUCUCUAUCUUUCACAUACAGACACACAGACACACAUGAUACCUUGAUUAUUAUCGAUCAUUAUUAUUAUUGCGAUUUUUGACGUUUAUUCCAGUUAUUAUUGUCAUCCGAAGUAUUAUUGCCCUGACUAACUUGUCACCACGUGUAUUAACAUUGUAUUUGUCUUCCCGGAUCAGGGAGGAAGGGAUCGAGUUAAUUAGAGCAUAUCAAUAACAUAUAUAGGAUAAUUUUCAAUGAUUGCAAACGAUUCGCAGUGUUACAAUGAGAGGUUUAAGAACGUUGUAAGAUAUUACACAGAUCUUUACCAAUUGUUUUCGUUGUUGAAUGGUUGUCAUCCGGGCGAAGAGACGAUCAAAGAGAAAUUGUUAUAAAUACUGGGACUGGAUAUCGAUCAUUGGAAUCGAAAAUCGGGAAUGACUCAUUAUCUUGUCUUCUUAAUGUCAAUAUAUUUAUUAUAGAUUUGUUUUAUCUCUUUAUUAAUAGUUGAGACAAAUGUACUUUCUUCUUUUAAAAAGAAUUUAUGUUGCUGUAUUUCCUCUCAUUUUUUUCAGCUUUUUGUUCGUUUUUAUAUAAUAGAGAAUUAAGAACCAAAGAUGUUGUUAUGCUAACGUUUAUAUACCUAUCAUUGAUUUUAUUAUAAAUUUGUUAUUGCAGUAUUUCCGAGAAACACGUUAUUUAUACCGCCAGUGAAAAAAGUUAUCGGUUGACGCGAAUAUAUAUACUUUGCCAUGGGGAAAAAUUGUCAAUGUUCUCGCGACAAACAAAUUCAUAUGUGAACGACAUUGUUGUUGGCGCCGGCAUCGCGUCGCACACUCUUUUUCUAAGUGCACAUUUAAGAAUUCUAAACGUACGUGACCGAUCUACAGUGUAGGUUUUCUUGCAUCAAGAAUUUUACUAUUUAGAUAUCUGAUGUUAUAAAAUUAUAUUAUUUAGUACGCUAUCCGUUCUUAAAAGCUGUCUGGCGCGCUUUGUGAAAUUAUAGUAAAGUUACUAUUAAUUGAAACUAGUACGAAAAAUGAUUAAGAAGUACAAAAUUUUUCUAUUUUCCAAGUGAAUCGAUGAAUUUCUUGUCUUUUGCAUUUGUCCAAGCUAUUUAAUAAUUCGAAUUUAAAUUUAAAACAAGGUUCUUACAAAUACCUAUGAUUGCACAUUCCAUUUUGGAUUCUAAAUUUAAAAAACAGGUGGACACGAGACGGCUUUUAAAAACGGAAUUCUCAAGCGUUAGUUAUAGUUUGAACUUUUUCAGUGAUAUUUAUUAUAAUCUUGCGAUUGUUGCUUUCAUACGAAUCUAAUUACGGAUACAUUUUUUUACUUUUACUACAUAAUUGCGUCUUUUACAUCUUUUGAUACCGUUUUGCAAGACAGACUGAUGACAAACUAUUUUCCGUAUAGCAUUUCAUGUAACUUAUAAAUUGCUUGUUGUAAGCUUGAUUAUCAAAAAAUCGAUUGAUCGUUUUUAAUUAACAGUAUUCCCUUGUUUGUCUACCAUUUAAUGAAUGUAAUUUAUAUAACUUUAUAGUGUGUAGUACAUAUACUUCUUCCUAUGUAGACAAAUUUUUUAACUAUAAUAACAAAUAAGAGCAAUAAUUAGACUUGUGAAUCUAGUUUUGCAUCGAAAUUUAAAAUAUUUUAGAAUAAAUUAUAAGUAAAAAUUCUUUAACUUAAUUUUUAACUGAUAUUACUGAAUGGCCACGACAGUUUGGGUUAGAUUUAGUUCGGUUUAGAUUAUAUUCAGAUUACUUAAUUGCAAUUCGUAUUUUAUAUCUUACACGAUUGCACGUGUCAUCGAUGAUCUUUAUCAAUUAAAACACAGAGUACGAAAUCAAGUGCUUUAAAAUGAAAUAAUUUAACCUAAACUGCUGUUUCGAUCACUUUUCUAAUAUUCAACGAUAUUAGUUGAGAAUUAGAAUUGAAAUAGAAAGAAUACUCUAUGUAAAAUUAUUCAAUUUGCGCUGUUUUUAUGCACAGUGUCAGGUAAAAGAAAGUUUAGAAGCGAUAGAGUACGACAAAUUACAUUAAUUUAAUAAAUGGAAUUAUAUUUACGAAAGCGAUGAAUUGUCCAUUGUAUUUGGUAAAUACAAUAGAUGACUGUUAACCAAAUGAUUAAAAGUGUCUAGUACAAAAAAUAAACUUUCCUUUAUAUACGUCGCUGUAUAAAGAAAGUAAAAACGUAAUAGCAAAUAUUAUACUUCCUCCUUCUAAAUAUGCAGAUUAUACUUGUACUCGUAUGAGUGUCGCGUUUAUCUUCCAGCGAUUUUCUUAAAAAUGAUCAAUCGAUGUUCCAUUUUCUUAAUCACAGCACGAACGGAAAAAAAGACGGUUGCAAGAUUCCGACGUUUAUCGUAAAAUAAAGGAAAUGUUACUAACGUAGUUAUAGAAAUAUAUUGAUUUUUACAAUCGCGUUAAUGAUCGAUACUCAAAGGUUUGUUACGCUUUCCUCGAUCCGAAAGUUUAGCUGCAUCGUUUGUACAAAAAGGAUCAACGAGGGAGCACGAAGGUUACAUAAAAGAAAUUUAAUAUAAUAAUACGAAUAUCUCGUGGAAUACUACUUUCAGAGCGUAAAGAAAGCUAAAUUCUACGUACAAGAUAAAGAUACCUGUGUGCGACUGAAAAAUACAAACGUACGAACACAUUUUUUUAUAAAUACAAAUAUUUGCAUUUGUCGGUGAAUUUGCUACGAAUGUUAAUUUAAUCAUGACUGUCUGAGAAGAAACGAAAUUUAUAAUUCUAUUGUACGCGCGUUUUCAUGUAAAUGUAUCUUUAUUUUAAGUAGAACGUGACGAUAUUUCUAGAAACGUCGUCAAAUCUAUUCUGAUACAAUAAGUUGAAUUAAGCUUAUGUUUAUUCAAUAGAUACGUUGUGCACAGAAUUUCGGUUUCUCAGUGUAUUUAUGUUUAAGUGACAUUCAUGAUCAAUACCUUAAGAUUAUUGCGCUAUAUUAUCUAUUUACAAACAUUGUUACUUGAAAAUGAAAUUGUAGAAUCCCGAAAGUUAAUAAAAUACAUUAUAUAAAUA